AUGAAUACAUCAGUUGAGCCUCAUCGUCCGAAUGGCGUGAACGCCCCAGUCUACAUCACGGUGCUCUCGGAGCACCGCGGUGUGGUUUGUGAGUUAUGCGCCGAGGAGCAGCGCACGGUGCCCCAGUUGGCGCUCCCCGUGAAGCGUCGCAACAAUCGCGGCAACCUGUACUGCCGGCACACCUACACCCCUCACCGCGGCGCGUACUUCUACUGGAACAGUAGUGGUACGACGUUCGUGAGGCGCGUGAACGGAAGUGCGGUGUGCACGUUCGCGCAUGGGUGGGAGAAGCGGUAUCGCAGGGGCUCGUACGCGCCGCCGGACGGUGUGCCGUUCGUGAGCGCGCGUAUGGCCGGGAGGGGACAGCUGCGCGCGUUGUACGAGUCGUACUACGAGGCGCUGUACCAGAGGUACCACCCGCGCGCGCGUUAA